AUGAAUAGAUACGACAGACAAUUAAGGUUAUGGGGUGGUGCGGGUCAGGAUUUGUUGUCUGAGUCCCACAUUUGCGUCAUUGGGCCAGAAACCUGCUUGCUUCAGGAAACUAUUAAAAACUUAGUAUUGGUUGGUAUUUCAAAGUUUACUUGGUUUAAGAGUAAUAUUAUGCAGACAUCCCAAGAGAAUAACCUUUUUUACAAAAAUCUUAUUCAAGAUAUGAUUCCAUUGAAUCCUCGAGGAGUCUCUAUCACUCAAAGACCAAUCUCCGAUAUGCAUGAAGUAACUCAAGGCGGUGAUUUUUCAAUAAUAAUUGUGAUAUCAGAAACUAAUAUUAAGGACGACCUCUUAAAUACAUCAUUAUCUUCAAUGGUAGCCCCUGUAAUUAUGUCUCAUGCAGUGGGGUUAUAUGGCUAUAUAUUUACGAAAUUGUUCGAACCUCAUUGGAUAAUUGAAUCUCGUCCAGACUACGAAGUGCCAUCUUUUAGAUUAGAGUCCCCUUGGGAAGAAUUACGUAAUUAUAUGGAUAAUAUUAAACUAGAGACUUUGAAUGAAUAUUCUUUGGCAGAAUUACCGUAUAUUGUACUACUGUACAAGGCAUUACAACAUUUGCACCCUAUUGCAUCUGUUGACAAUAAGAUGAUUAAGGAUACGUUGACAAAUUGGUACAUUUCAGAGAUUAACCCAAAGGGUAAAAACGAUAUGAAUUAUGAUGAAGCUGUUAGAUAUUCAUACGUGGCUUUACCAAAUGAAACCUACAAAGUCAGUUUACAAGAGUUGAUCAAGCAUUCGCAACAAAAUAGAGAUGAAAAAACUAAUGGCUGGAGAGAUGGGUAUAACAAACAAGUUAUUAUAUUACUUCAUGCGUUAUCUGUAUAUUUAAAAUCAAAUGGAGGUGAUAUAAUGGUAAACCCUGAUAUCCCAGACAUGGAAUCGAGCUCAAAAAUAUUUGGAGAAUUACAACAAGUGUACAAAAAUAAAGCCAAAUAUGACUUGGUUAAUUUUUCUAAAGUGGUCCACCAACUAGAUGAAAGUAUCUCUGCUGAUAUGAUCUCAAGAUUUUCCCGCAACGUAAAGAAUAUAAAAUGUAUUAAACCGACAACAAGAUCAAUAAGGGACUUCCUUACUGACCCUAAAUUGAAUGAAACCAGUCCAGUGUUGAGUACACUUCUUAAAUUUCAGAAACAAGAGCAGGUGGAAAAGACAACCGAUAACAAGCUAUUCUUCAUUGGUGAAAGUUAUCCAACAGCCUCCUUCAUCGGCGGUCUAAUCUCCCAGGAAGUCAUUAAACUGAUAACUCAUCAGUACAUCCCUGUCAACAAUACUCUCAUAUAUGACGGCAUGCAUAAUGAUAUAGUCAGUUUCGAAUGCUAG